AUGAUUUCUCACUGUAUAUUUUUCAGUUUAACGAAGCCUCAAUCCUUCGCUGACUGUGUUGGAGAUGAACUUCCUGUUGGUUGGGAAGAAACAUAUGAUCCUUCUAUUGGUGUUUACUAUAUCAAUCAUAUACAACAAACAAACCAAGUAGAAGAUCCCCGGUUACAAUGGCGUCAACAACAGGAAGUGAUGUUAAAAGAAUAUUUAGUCACAGCCCAGGAUGAUUUAGAGGUAAGCUGUUUAUUUUUUGACCAUAUAAGGCUAGAACUGUGUGAUUUAAUUUACAUGAAACAACUAGACAUUUAA